AUGACAAAGCUGUGCGACAUGCACCACGGAUACCAGACAGGAGUUUUCGACUCUGUGAGCGCCCUUUUUCGCCACCAGGCAGGCGACGCUGAACCUACAGGUGAUUUUCUUGCCUUGGCAAUGAUAGCUUUUGUUCUCGGAGUGGUACUUGUUCUAAUAGUCGGAUUAGUACUAAUACUAUUAUUCUCGCGAGAUGAAACGGAUGCGGAUGUGGAUGAAGAAGCAUGUUACGAUGAAAAGCUAUAG